AGAUGAAGAGUCUGUAUGGGGUUUAGAAAAAUAAGUGGUUAUAGCAAAAAGGUGAAAUAAUAAGUAUCUAAUCGAUGUAAAGAAUGUUCAGAUCGUCUCUACGCAAAUUCAAAGAUAUGGAAAUGCAGUCAGGUACCUUUGAUAGUCAAAAGAAGUCAUCGAACAGUAAAGAACAACAAGAUGUAGGAAGAUCAACCGAUGAAAAAGCACCAUUGUUACAAUCAGUUGUUCAAGAGAAGAUUGAAAAAGUUAAUGUGAAUGCGGAAAUCGAAAAUCAAGAGGUUGGGAGUGAAACAACAAUGGAUCAAAUACCAGACGUAUUCAGUGAAAUGUCUGAAGAUGAAAAAGAACCUCCACCACCAAGCGAAGACGAAUUAAAGGAUUUGCAUAAAUAUGGACCCUUACAUCACAUUGUCGAUAUUACCAAUCCAGAAGAGAUUGAUUAUGUUCAUCUGAUAAUGAAGUUACGAAAACGAUUUGAAAAGAAAGUCAAAAAGUGGGAACUUCGAGCAAAAUUGUAUUACAGCACUGGCCCGGUCAUAAGCUUCACCAUAUUGCUGCUGCAAAUUACACAGCUGAUUUUGCAGCCAUUCCGAGGUGACUCAAUCUCCAACGAAACUCUCAUAAUAUUACAAAACGUCUUCACUGGUAUCACCGGAGUGAUCGCUGGUCUACAGUUAUACCUGAAAUUUAACGAAAAGGCUGAAAAGUACAGAAAAGGAGUGAAAAUCUAUCACCAGUUGCUGAGAAUGACGUCAUAUUACAUCAUCAUUAGCGAAAGUGGGGGAAAACCCGACUACGAAACCGUAAUUGAGUUUUGGAAAGAUGCUUUGGAGAGAGAAAUCGAUGCAAUACCUGUUAUACCAGCUUUUCGACAUUAAAUAGGGAGACUGAAAAUUAUUUAAAAGUAUCACUGCACAAUAAGUUAUGAAUAUAUAAUAGGAGAUGAGCAAGGGAAAAUAUUCUUAAAUACGUUUUAAUAUUGUAUUUGUUGUUGAAGAAAA